AGCCAAAAUCUCCAUCACCAACUCUUCUCUCUCUUCAAAUCUUCAACCUCUCCAGACUCCUCCUCUUCUCUCAAAUCUCAAUGGCCGGAAGAGGCAAAUCGCUCGGCUCCGGCGCCGCCAAGAAGGCCACCUCCCGCAGCAGCAAAGCCGGCCUCCAAUUCCCCGUCGGCCGUAUCGCUCGCUUCCUCAAAUCCGGCAAGUACGCCGAGCGUGUCGGCGCCGGCGCCCCCGUCUACCUCGCCGCCGUCCUCGAAUACCUCGCUGCCGAGGUUUUGGAACUGGCCGGAAAUGCAGCCAGGGACAACAAGAAGACUCGGAUUGUGCCACGUCACAUCCAAUUGGCCGUCCGGAACGACGAGGAGCUCGGCAGGCUUCUCGGAUCCGUCACCAUCGCAAACGGCGGCGUUUUGCCCAACAUCCACAACAUGCUUCUUCCCAAGAAGACCUCCAAGAGCGCUCCGGCCGACGAGGACUGACUGAAAACCCUAGACUGAAACUUUUGAGUUGGUUUAGAAACUGAAAUGUAGAGUGAUUUAAGAGUGUUUAUGGUGGAAUUUGUACUUAAAUGGUUCGAAAUUUAAUCUAAUCAGAGAUAUUAGCUUUUGGUCCCAAA